GUCUGGGAAGGGGAAGAAGAAAUGCUGACUGUGUAAAGUGUAAGUCGAUUUGAAGCGAGUGCCCGUCAGGUUGAGUUGUACUGCAGUUGAUAUGGCAUUAGUAGACCUUUUAGAGCCACUCUUUUCGCACUGGCGGACGAUUUUAAUCGCUUCAGCCAUAUUUUUGGUCUAUUUUUACUGGAUUGUGCCAUAUCGGACGAUGAGGGCUAUUUACCCCAAGGGACCCAUUCCGUUGCCCUUUAUCAGUCAUUUGUGGGAUACCGUAAGACACAAGGGACUGAUGCAUCUGCAAAUGGACGAAUAUUGCAAAAAAUACGGCCAAGUUUUCUCUAUGCUUACCAUUGGCAGCAAACCAUGCAUAAUAAUUUCGGACCCAGAAAUGCUGAGGGACAUUUUCGUCAAAGAGUUUAGCUCUUUCGCUGAUCGUCCGGUAUUUUUUAAGCUGCCUGAACCUCUGAGCAGUAUGCUGACACUUGCCACCAAAGACAAGUGGAAACGUAUUCGCAAUACUUUGACACCAGCUUUCAGUGGUCUGAAGAUGAAACAGAUUGUGCCUUUGAUGAACAUCUGUUGUGACAAUUUGAUUGAAAAGCUUGGUGAAUUUGCUGAUAAGGGGGAAAGUAUUGAUAUUAAGAAAAUUCACCAGUGUUUGACAAUGGAUGCUAUUGUUUCUGCUGCAUUUGGUUUUCAAGUGAACUCUCAGAACAAUCCUGAUGACCCUGUCCUGAAAGCAGCCAAGCAAGCAAUGAACCAGUCCACUUCACAGAAAAUUCUGCUGACACUUCUAUCCACAAUACCAUUUGGGGCAAAGAUCAUGGAGAAGACACCAAGCUUGUGGAUGUCAAAUAAUGUUCCUCUCCUGAACAUUACAGAAGAAAUAGUUCAAACUAAAAGAGAGAGCAGUGAAAGCUCUAGUAGUAGGAAGGACAUGCUUGAUUUGAUGCUGGCAGCUUCAGAUGACCCUUCAGUACCAGAAAAAAAGAAGCUCUCUGACAUGGAAGUCAUAGCACAAAGCCUUGUCUUUCUUGCUGCAGGAUAUGAAACUACUAGUACCACUCUAAGUUUUGUUUCCCAUCAUUUAGCUGUAAAUCCUGAAGUUCAGGAUAAACUGCAACAAGAGAUUGACAGUGUUUGGCCAGAUGAAAACCAAAUGUUGUCCUAUGAAACAGUCCAUGAAAUGCCAUACCUAGACAUGGUAUUAGCUGAAGCUUUGAGAAUGUACCCUCCAGGAUUUUUCAUAGUCCGUGUCUGUACAGAAGCGUGUGUCCUGAAAGGAGUCAAGAUACCUGAAGGGUUAAUAGUUAUAAUACCAGUGUACAGCAUUCAUCGUGACCCAUCCAUUUAUCCAGACCCUGAUGAAUUCAAUCCAGAGCGCUUCUCACCUGCAGCCAAACAAUCGCUUAAUCCUUACUCCUACAUGCCUUUUGGUCACGGACCUCACAACUGUAUUGGAAUGAGGUUUGCCCAAAUGGAAAUGAAGAUGGUGCUGGCAAGAAUGUUGAAGAAAUAUCGCUUGGAGGUAGCAGCAGAUACAAAGAUUCCCCCAGAUGUUGCCAUUGCAUCUACAUUGUCAUGUUCUGGUGUAAAUGUUAAAAUAAGUUCACGAAAGACAUAAAUGAAAAAAAUUUUGGAAAACUGCUAGUAGUCUUAUCUUUUUUUUUUUUAAUCUUCAAUGUAUGAUUACACUUGACUUACUUUUUAAAGAAAUGAUGUAGGAUGAAGGUUGCUGUUGUAAGCCUAUUCCAUUACAUUCUUCCUUUUCCAAAUGUAAAAUAAUUAAGAAGAUCAAAGCUACAAUAAAUAUAUACCUCUUACUAACUGAGUUCUAGGUCCAUACUCUAAGUUACAGACCAAGCUUUUUCCACUUGGAAUUAUUGCCCAAGCACAAUGCACAUGGUCCAUAAAUCCAAGGUGAUAACUUAAAGUACCAGAACAAUAUGUAAUAGCAAGUAAGUGAAAUAUAGCUCACUAAAUUGACCAAUCAUGGUGUACAUACUGACAGAGAGAGAAAAUAAAAGCAAUUAUAAUUUC